UCUCCGUUUCCCCAAUAUAAACGGCAACGUGACGAUCCGAAAAUGAAGUUAUUUUGCGCUAUUUUGCUUGUUUACGUGGUGGCUUUGACACUGUUCGGCGUGGACGGACGCGGCGGUGGGGGCAGUAACAAGGGCCUAGAGCAGGACUCGAUGCGACUGUUUGUGCGGGCACGGCGCCAUGCCCCCGUCACUAACAUGGGACUUGCGACCGGACCUGGCUAUGUGAAGAACGAGGAGCAGCCGCCAUCUCAAUUCAGAUCGCGUCGCAAUGUCAUGAACAACGAUCCAACGAGCCAUGAGAACAACGAGGAACAACCGCCACAUAUCAGACCACGUCGCCAAGCACCGCCGCCGCCACCUGAGGGCAUGCCACCACCGCCUCAGGGUAUGCCACCACCACCCGAGGGUAUGCCACCACCACCAGCUUAAGGAUACGAAAUAGUUAAAUAUUCUUCACAUACACAUAUCAUAUAGUAAGGCGCUUGCUUAGGGUAAGGGAACCACGUCAUAAACGAGAACUAUGCGUAUAAUAAAAUCUAUUUCAAGCAUUCCAAAAACAA